GACACACCCUCAAGAGCUUCCAAAGCUCUUCCCAUAAAGAAAAACAAAUAUAACGGAGUACUCACUCAUUUGAAUCAAAGAACUCCAGGAUUAAGUUGAAAAUCUGCUUAAUUUGGAGCAUCUUGCCCUCUGCACUUCCCUUAAAGAUUAUGAAUCUUGGCCCUAAAAUGUGUAUUUCUUCACCAGUGACUCCUUGAGGAGAGUUUUGUAUUCUGUGGGCAACAGCAGUGUGCACAAAAGGCCCGACAUUAAAACUGAAAUGAUUUCUUAAAACUUUCUUAAACUAAUAAGACCUUGACAUUCCCAGCACCAGUAGUUCCAGCAUUGUAGGAUGUAGUCACAGUUCAAUCCAUAACAGCUGAGUUCCUGUUUGUUCCAGAAACAAAUAACUUCUCAGAGGGUACACAAUUAUUGGCAGCUUUCUCCUAUUGAGAUAAAUUCUUUUUAUUAAAAAGAACACGUUGUAUUUAUUGUUUUUUUCUUUGUAGCUUAUGAAGUUGUUUGACUAAAAAUAACACAAUCUGACAUGAAUAAUGUAAUUCACUGUCUUACUAAUGACCACCCUUAAACUCUUAAUUUAAUAAUCAUUACGUUUCUUCUGCCACAACAUGAAUAAAACUUUUACUAAUCAUAGGCAAAUAGAUUUCUUAUCUCCUCUGAUUUUCUUUUUCUUAGUUUCACAUCCCCUGUUUCCUGAAGGAAAUGGCCAGACAAAAUGAUUCUGUAGUGACUGAAUUUGUUCUCCAGGGGUUGACAGACAAACCAGAACUCCAGCUGCCUCUCUUCCUCCUAUUUCUAGCGAUCUAUGGGGUCACUGUCGUGGGAAAUGUGGGUAUGAUCUUUCUAAUCACUUUCAGUUCCAACCUCCAUGCUCCCAUGUACUUUUUUCUUAGCAAUUUGUCAGCCAUAGAUCUCUUGUAUUCCUCAGUUAUUACCCCCAAACUCAUGGAAAACUUUGUAAGGGAGCAAAAUGUUAUUUCCUACCCUGGAUGUAUGACACAACUUUUUUUCUUUUGCUUUUUUGCUACUGCCGAGUCCUAUAUGCUAACUGCUAUGGCUUAUGAUAGGUAUGUAGCUAUCUGUAGUCCAUUGCUCUACAAUGUCACCAUGUCCCCAAAGGUCUGCUGUGUGCUGGUGACUGGAGUCUACAUCAUGGCAUCUAUUGGAGCUGUGCCCCACACGAUCUCCAUGAUCAUGCUUUUGUUCUGUGAAGACAAUGUCAUCCACCAUUACUUCUGUGAUAUACUUCCUCUCCUAAAGCUCUCAUGCUCCAUUACCUACCUCAAUGAACUUCUGGUGGUACUUGUAGGUGGAUUCAAUGUGUUUGCAACAAUUAUGCCCAUAAUAAUCUCUUAUGCCUUUAUACUGUGUAACAUUCUUCAAAUACCUUCAGCUGAAGGCAAGUCCAAAGCCUUUAGUACCUGUGGCUCUCAUCUUACAGCUGUUGGGGUUUUUUACGGAUCCAUUAUAUUCAUGUAUUUUAAGCCAUCAUCCAGCAGCAACACGGCCCAAGAGAAAGUGGCCUCUGUGUUCUAUACCACAGUGAUCCCUAUGCUGAACCCUUUAAUCUAUAGCUUGAGGAAUAAGGAAGUAAGGAAUGUGCUUAGUAAAGCCAUAGGUAUGAGGUAUGGACCACUCCAGGGUAGUAAUUAGAACCACUAAAGUCAUGGUAAUAGUCUCCCUCUUUCUUUUUCUUAAAGCUAACUUCUUUUUCUGUUUCUAACAAUUAACACUCCCUUCUCAUUUCUUUCACUACAGUUGUCAGAUGUUACCCUUUUAUUGAAGUCUGUGCACUCACACACAAGUAUAUACACACAGACAUACACACAUCUAUUCUUUGAUCAAGAAAUUUUGAUAUUAAGAUUUAGUAGAUCUUUGAUGAGGAUCCCAAAAACCAAA